AAGAUGGUGAUGAGGACAAUGUCAUGGAAUAUGGUGAUGAGGAGAAUGACAUUGAGGAUAGUGAUGAGGAUAAUGGCGUUGAAGAUAGUGAUGAGGAGGAGCAUGACGUUGAAGAUAGUGAUGCGGACAAUGACAGUGAAUAUAGUGAGGAUGACGGGGUGUCUGAAACUGUUCAAAUUGUGGACAAACAUAAUAGAAGCAUUGGUAUAUGCAAUUCACCAUACCACUAUCUACAUAACUCUUUCGCUGAGCAUUUGUACAUCUUCGAAUUUGACGCAUAUGUACAUGUGAUUUCACACGAGCUUUUCAUUAAAUUCUCGAUCGACGGAGACGAAUUGGUUGUAAAAGAAUGUGGGGUUAAUUAUGAAGACUGUGAAGCUGACAGUUUAAAUACAGAGAAGAGAAGAAUGGAUGACAAUGGAGAUUCUUCGGCGAUUACUGAUAUCUCCAAGUACACAAAUAAUUCUGAAACUGGUUGUUCCAAGUCCAAGGUUACUGAGAUGAGUUUGGAGAAAAACGUUAUCAAAGCCACACAUGAACAUGGAGAAGAAAAUACGGUACAUAUAGCGAAUGCACUCAUCUCUUCUGAGAUAAGUGUUUUCCCUUCAGUGGUUGGGAUCAGUGGAGUCUGUGAAGCUGAAGAAAACGUAAAUGGAAAUAGUAGUGUAGAGAAAAAGAAGAGAAAAAAACAAAUUCCCACCAUUGACACGGAAAGAACUUCAGAGGUCGGGAACAAUGGAGACUGUGAAGCCAAUAAAGAAGUAUGUGAAAAUGACAGUGCAAAGAUAAAGAGGAGAAGAGUAUCUUUUUUAUUAUAGAUAUUGUUGCUUUGUAAUUGGUUUGACAAUAUCAAACUAAAUCAUAAUCAUUGAACAAUGGUGGCAUCAAAAGAAUUUGUUACAUUACCAAUAACUUUUAGU